AGUUGAGCGCCAAUCUAAGUGCACUGAACCAAAAACACAUCUCUGUGGGUCGUUAUGUUACAAUCCAAAGGAACGUCGCUGCUGUGAGAGAAGUCAAGAAUCUCACUGGUUCUGUGUCUCAGGUCAAAGGAAGACAACAUCCACUGUGUACAACCCCCAUACACAAGUCUGUUGUGAUGGAUGUGUAUCAGGAUGGAAGCCUUGGAUAGAUCAAUGCUGUGGAGAGACACCGUAUGGCUCGGCACAACGUGGAGUUCUCUGUUGUAAUAACACCUUGUACGAGGACAGAGAUGAUGGAGAGGAAUGUUCGGAGAUGGGUAUUCCUUACAACCCGGCUAAAGGGACUAUAUGUUGCUCUCAGUUUCAUGGCAGCCCAGGACAACACUGCUGUGGGACAGAAAUUUACCAGCCUGAUGUUGAGAUUUGCUGCAAUGGACACAGACAUCCCAGACUGAGAAACAUUCACUGCUGUGGGGUCAAAGUCUACAACAUUAAAGACCCACAGAUGAAGUGCUGUGCAGGAACACUGUACAAUCUGACAUCAUUAGAUGAGCAUGGAGGGGAUGCACAGUGCUGUGGAUCCAUUCUGCAAAAGCCACAGGAGAUUUGCUGCUCAUGUGAGGACAAAGAGGUGCUUUACACUGUCAAGACAGGAUUUGGAUGCUGUGGUCACCUCUAUUACAACACCACCCUGUGGUCGUGCUGUGCUGGGAGGCUUACAUUAAUCAAUGAAUCAGAACAGGAUCAGAGAAAGAUGAUUAAUGAAUACCGACAUCUCUCUGUGAAUAAUCUGAACAAAACUGCUCUUUGCAAUAAAGUGCGCAUUGGAAUUGUGGAAAGUGUAUCUCUGCGUAGCAUUGUUUUCAAGAGCAUGCUAAAAGUCCACGGGAAGAAGGCCAAAGUCAAAGCUUUGUCUUUGCCGUACACCCUGAAAAUAGUUGAUCACUGCAGCUCCCUUAAACUGAUUCCUGGGAAGAUCUAUAUCUUUAACAACGUUAAUAUUUUCACUGAUUUCAAUCAUGAGUCUGUUCUUCAAUCACUGCAUUUCAUUUUUUCCAAGUGUUCACCUUAGAUCAGUACUCACAUUCUAGUUACAACUGUGUUCUUACUUGUGUUACAAAGGUGAUCUCCUUGAAGGACAGAUUAGAAGAGAAAAUCAUUAAAAGUGCCAUAUGGGCAUUUCUUUCAUUUUAGUGCAUGGAAGGACAAGAACAUGCAAGUACAAACUGCUUCUAGCUUGAAAGUGACAUGCACAUUGAUCCCAGCCAAGCAGCUAGAGCCCUCAUUUGGAAAUAGAUUUCUGUUUAUUUGGGACUGUAGUCUAACUAGUGUGAUGGUACACCUAAGGUCAUGUUAGAGUAAUGCAAAAAAAGAUAAGAUGAAUAAAAAUUAUUUAUUUAUAAAACUAUUUAAAAUGUAAAGUAAUUAAGGAAAGUAAUAACUACUUCAAAAUCACCAAGAAAUGUCAAACUUCAAUUACUUUGGUUACAAUUAUGUUAUGUUACUUUUUAAAAAACAAUGAGCAAUGUGUAGUUUCUUACUGUUUAUGGGAACCAUCCCAUCUUUAUGUAACAGUACAACAUUCAACCUUACAGACCCGCACAACAAAAAAAGAAGAUAUAAACGUGAUCAUCUUUAGGUAUAGCCACAAUUACCAGCAAAGUUAGUGGAAAAACAGCUCAAAAAUUUCAAAUAGCCAGUUCAAUAGAGUUCUCUGGAAUUGACACAGUCAUCUUAAGCACUGCUCAGGGUCUUAGGGUCCUUUUUCAGGUUCUUGACAAGAAUUGAAUCCUGUUUGCAGCAAUGCAUAGAUGCUUCUCACAAUGAAAUCAAUGUAUUGCACUAAUCUCAGUUGCUCAAUGUUGUACACCACUGUAUUUUUUGUGUUUCUGCAAGGUGAGCCCACUUAAUUGUUGCAUUGUUGCAUACAUGAAAAAGCUAAAACUGUUUUUUUUAAGUCAAACCCACACUAUUGAAUGUAUACAUGUAUUAAUCAUAUGGUUUAUUUUACUAGCUAAAGCUAGAGAACAAUAAGCACUUACUUCUGAAUGCCAUAGAUGUUAUAAGAAUUGCUAUUUCUUCUUAACUACCCAAUUGUGUUCACCUUUGUGUAAGCUGUAGUUACUUUUUAACGAGAAUGUGAUUUACGUAAUGUGAUUAAAGAUAGAGUACUGUAACUGGCAGAUGCAGAGUGGGUACUAUGGAUGAGCCCCAGGAGUCCAGGCUCCCCCAAUAAAGUUAUAGUGCCUCCUGAGCUGAAUUGUAUGCUAUACUGUAACUAAGUUACACUAAUUCAUACAAUUUGGUGAUUAAAAAAAAAACCCAAACAAACCUAUCCAGGUCAAACUUUGGGAAGUGCCUUUCUCUUUGAAACUAAAAAAAAAAAAAAAAAAAAGAUUCAUCAGGUUGUGAAGCUAGUUUUAAAUCAUGACCCUAUUCAAAGGUUUCAAAAGAAAUGGAAAUCUCUUCAGGAUAUUUACUUAGGUUUAUUGAGCCACUUCUGCACUUCUGUCCCUUUUCCUCUGCAAUAUAAGACAGAUGCAAUUUUAUAAAUAUUUCUCUGUGAAUGUUUAGUGCUAUGCAUGUAUUUUUAUUUAAUUUUUCUAUAGAAUAGUAAAGUGACUUGUGCUGAAUGACUCCUGUCAAAGUUGGUUGUUCUUCCAGUUCAUAUGGUCUGCAAUUGACCCAGGGUAAAGGUUUGCCAUUUUUUGUACUGUAUAUUGCUUUAUUAGAAGUUGCUGACAUCUGUCAUUUUUUGAGUUGAUUUAUUAAA